GGCUUGGAAAGAACUUACUGAAUAUUGGGAUUCACCAGAAUUUCUUGCAAUAUCGGCUCGAGCAAAGGCAAACCAAGCAUCAAAGAAGGGUGGGGCACUUCACACAACUGGACCCAUUCCCCAUGUUGAGGUUGCAGAGAAUAUGGGGGCAACCGUUCCAUGGCGGUUUUUUCCGGGCACCAAAAGAGGGCUAAACCCAAAGGUGCAUUUUUUUCCCGUGUUUAUAUUUUGGUGUAUUUUUUAGACUAGUUUAUCGUUUUAGCCGGGCUAAAACGAUAUACCAGUCGAUAAUUUACACCAUCAUUUUGGCGCCAUCCGUGGGACACGAGCUAAAAGUCACUAGCAAGGCAAGGGAGUGGGGAGUUCAAGCCGAGUAUGAAGAAAAAAAGCCAACCCAAAUUUUAUUUGGCCCAAAAAAAACUCUCACAAUGGGGUAUUUUGAAAAACAAAUCCAAUUCUUGGCUAUUGGAGAGAGAAUUGUUCUCCCAUAAAAAAAAAUCCAAUCGCAGAGCCUUUUUUCUGCAGCUAUUGGAUCCACAGUCUCUUUGUAUGCUGGAGCCUAAGUCGGAGACCGUCAGGCCAAGAUGUUGGUGCUGAAACAACCACCUACCCAGCAAACCUUGUAAACGGCCACUCGAGCGCGUGAUUCCAUUCCAAGAGGGGAACCUAAAAGGCCGGCGUCAAGGGCGAGAGAUCCGGUUGCCAUGGACGAGGCAUGGGCGCCGUCGGCGUCGUCAUCUCGCGACGAGUUCGACUCUUCGGACUUGUCAAUUGGGCCCAAAGCUGCUUCGUAACCUUUGGAGAACUACCUAGUGCCGAAGAGCUUUCUAUUGCAGCUCGAAGCAUUGAAAUUCUUACCGGAUUUGUACUCUCCCUUCCACCAACUCGGAACAGGGCCAAGGCCAGAGUCGUCGAAGCUUAGAAUCCAGCAAUUUCCGGAAAAACCACCAUGGACGGCAAUCCACUUGAUGGAAUUUUCUCUACGGCGAGCUGAACGACAUCAGAUGUCCUCCUCACAAACGGCCUCUCAUAAUUAAGCCGCUGGACCCGCAAACGUUGUGCUGGG